UAAAUUUAACCGAAACUUUGAAAUUUGACGUUGACAGGACCUCGGCGUGAGCUGCUCUGAAGUGUUUUUCCUGUAUACGUGUAGACCGGAGACGUUUGCAUCACCCAAAUUGACAAAACAAUUGACGCUGAAACACUCAACUCAAUGGAGAAAUGGAGAGCUGCCGGUUUCAUCUACCGCCGUCUACUCAAACACUCAUCAAACCACGUCUUCACAAGUCAUAAUUCAAUCCCUAAUUUCACGCGAUCAUCCAUUUCAGGGUUUGCAUAUGAUUACUGUAACAUUGCUGCACCAUCACACAAUUUGGUUGGGCAGAUAGGGUAUAGAAAUUAUGCCACAUCAGCUCAGCGGAACCCGAUGUUUUCGUCUGUGAAUUCAGAUGAUAUUGUUCAUUUUAAGAGUAUUUUAGGGGAUAAAUAUGUAAUUGAGGAUAAAGAUAAACUGGAUGAUGCGAACACGGAUUGGUUGCGCAAGUUUAAAGGAUCAAGUAAGCUUAUGCUCCAACCUAGAACCACUGAGGAGGUCUCACAGAUUCUCAAAUACUGCAACUCCAGACGAAUUGCUGUUGUCCCUCAAGGUGGAAAUACAGGUCUUGUGGGGGGAAGUAUUCCUGUUUUUGAUGAGGUGAUCAUUAAUACUAGCCGCAUGCAUAAAAUUGUAUCAUUUGACAAGGUCAGUGGUGUAUUGGUAUGUGAAGCAGGAUGCGUAUUGGAAAACUUGAUUUCGUUCCUUGACAAUGAAGGAUUUAUAAUGCCGUUAGACUUAGGUGCAAAAGGUAGCUGUCAGAUUGGUGGAAAUAUUUCAACAAAUGCUGGGGGUUUGCGGUUGGUCCGUUAUGGAUCACUGCAUGGAACUGUGCUCGGUCUGGAAGCUGUUUUAGCUGAUGGUACCAUUCUUGACAUGCUUGGAACUUUACGAAAAGAUAAUACGGGAUAUGACCUGAAGCACUUGUUUAUAGGAAGUGAGGGGUCCCUGGGUCUGAUAACCAAAAUUUCCAUACUUACCCCUCCAAAGUUAUCUUCAGUAAAUCUAGCUUUUCUUGCUUGCAGUGAUUAUCGCAGCUGCCAGAAACUUUUAUUAGAAGCCAAGCGAAAGCUGGGAGAAAUUCUGUCUGCAUAUGAGUUUCUGGAUGCCCAGUCACUUGAUCUGGCUCUAAAACACCUAGAAGGUGCCCGGAAUCCGUUACCUCCCUUGAUGCACAACUUUUAUGUUCUAAUUGAGACAACAGGCAGUGAUGAAACUAGUGACAAACAAAAGCUUGAGGCCUUCCUCCUUGAUUCACUUGAGAGUGGUUUGAUAUCAGAUGGUGUUCUUGCGCAAGACAUACAGCAAGCAUCAUCAUUUUGGCAUAUUCGCGAGGGUAUACCAGAAGCAUUAUUGAAGGCUGGUGGUGUCUACAAGUAUGAUCUGUCAUUACCAGUUGAAAAGAUGUAUGAUAUUGUUGAGGAAAUGCGGACACGUCUAGGUUCUGCAGCCAAUGUGGUAGGGUAUGGUCACCUUGGAGAUGGCAAUCUUCAUCUUAAUAUAUCAGUCCCACAAUACGACAAUACCAUUUUAGCACAAAUUGAGCCCUUUGUUUAUGAAUGGACAUCAAAGCACCAUGGGAGUAUCAGUGCAGAGCAUGGCUUGGGGUUUACAAAAGCUGAUAAGAUAUACUACAGCAAGUCACUCGAAACUGUUCAGUUAAUGGCUUCCAUAAAGAAGUUAAUGGACCCUCAUGGAAUUCUUAAUCCCUAUAAAGUUCUCCCGCCUUCUUCUCUCACAUCUUAAAGCAGGUAAUUUGUAUUUAGGAUCUAUUUUGUUAAGUCGUUGAAGACAGUAUGAAACUAAACUCUGCUGUUGCUAUGUUCCUGAAGAUGACAAAGAGCCAAGUCCAGUGGCAUGGUUGUUUCUUUUCCAUUUACUAUAAGACGAAGCUCAUGCUAAUUUCUGUAUAUAUGUCAUUCUCAUAAAGAUUUAUACUAAACUAGUCUCGUAAUAUACUACAAACAAUGUAGUAAUAGCAUAUAUGUUGUAUCUUAAUGAAGACAUGUGCUCAACCGAAUAUGCAAAAAAAGAUAAAUUUAAUCUCAAGCUGUAAAUUAUACUGCCAAA